AUGGCCAAUAAGACGAUGGAUGGAGAAUACUACACACUUUUCGGCUGGACCUUAAAGUUCGUCGAAGAAAUGGGCGUCUUUUUUAUUGUCUUUGCCUGCUUUGGGGCCCUCUACGUUCUGCUCAACAUUUACUUCACCUACAUCGCGUUCAAGGCCUACCGUUACCUGGUUAAUGUCCUCAACACUCAGGCCCAUCACAUCGACGCGGUGAUGGUGUCCACGCAUCAGACGGCAUAUCCUCCGGCUUCGGCGAAUCCGGGCUUCAGCCCGUACCCGCACGCGGCUCCGGCCGACUCGUUCAGCUCGCCUGCCGGAGUGCCGGGCCGCGGAUUCCAGGUUCCUCCGUCGGUUUAUCCGGAUAUAAAGUCUGACAAUGCCAAAUAA